AUGGUUGACGAUAAAGUUUGUUUGGAAGAGUUUACUAAGUUUGUUAAAUACUUUGUGGAGUUUAGUGAGAUUGAUGCAGUUGCAAAGUGCUUAUAUGGAUUAUUUGAGAUGAGGGGAAUAUUAUGUCGGCACAUUUUGGCCUUAUUCAGGUGUAAUGAUAUCAAAUAUUUGCCCGAAAUGUACAUUUUAGAUCGAUGGAGGAAGGAUAUUAAAAGGCGAUACACUUCAAUUAAAAGUAGCUACGAUAAAGGGGAACAACGGCUAGAUUCUAAUAGAUAUUCGAGUCUCUUAAGUAUAUGUUAUAAGAUGAUUACCCAUAUAGCGGGUUUGAGUAAGCAUACUGAGGAUGCGAGGACUAAAUUAGAAGCAAUGAUUGAGCUUUAUCGUGCCAAUGAAGAACCACCAUCGAUGACUCAAAUUGGUUCCAAUGUUGAUAGUAUGGCAAAUGCCACUAGGGUCGGCGGUUAUGGGAAAGUACACAACCCACGUGUGGUUAAAGGAAAAGGCAGACCUCCAUCUCUGAGUAGAACAUCCAGAAUGGAGAUAGACAUGCGGAAAGCGAAAGCAAAGACAAAGAAAGCACCAGCAAAAGGGAAGCGUAAAUAG